UACAUCUUGUUGAAUUGUAUAGAAGUAAAACCGUACAUUGACAUUUUUGUUAAUGAGUUACACAUGGCCAAUCCAAAUAUCAAUGAUAAACAAGUUGAUGAGAAACUAGAGCGUGAAUUUGAUAAGUGGUUCAAUAAAUAUGUUCACAAUCCCUCCAACAAUAUAUCAAGCCAGUUUUUAAAGGAUCUAUCAAAGGGUCCAUUAAGAAGUGUUAUGUGCUACAAUAGUUAUGUAGUUAAUGGUUAUAAAUUUCACACUAAAGGUUAUGGUUCGCAUAGGGCAACGAUGAACAGUGGGGUAUGUAUCAAGGGGACUAAUUACAGUACUAAUGAAAGUGACUACUAUGGACAAUUAAUUGAAGUGCUACGAUUGGAGUACCCUGGAUUACCAAUCAAAAGAACUGUAUUGUUUAAAUGUGAUUGGUUUGAUCCAACACCAAAUGUGGGAACAAAGAUUCAUCCAAAAUAUAAACUUGUGGAUAUUAAUCAUAAAAGAUCCUUCAAUAGGUAUGAACCAUUUGUUCUUGCUAUCCAAGCUGCUCAGGUGAAUUAUUCCAUAUAUCCAAGCUUAAAACGUGACAAGGAUGAUUGGUGGGCUGUGUUCAAAAUCAAAGCGAGAUCUGUUAUUGAUCUUCCUGAGCAAGUGAAUGUCACAACCCCCCCUGCACGGGAAGAACCAUUUCAAGAAGAUGAAAUGGAAGUCCCUUUGAUUCAAAUUGACGAUGAUGAUGAUCAACAACAAUACUUGAAUGAUCAAAACGGUGUACUAGUUGAAAUUAAUGAAGAGGAUGUUGAAGAUGAAGAAGAGCUUGAAUUGGACUCAGAAAGUGAUGAGGAAUGCGAUGAUGUAUAUGAUAGUGAUACUAAUUAGAAUUAGGUAUUUCUCUUAAUGAAUUUAUAUUUCUAAACUUGAAGUAUAAACUCUAACUAAUUUCAUCUGUAUUAUGUAUCA